AUGAAUUUUCGAAAGAAGAAAUCUUUUCCUGUUCCGACUUUGGUGCAAAGUGAAGAACAAUCAGUAACAGUUACAAAAUGUGAUUUCUCCAUUUUCAAAGGACUCUUUUUGGGAGGGUCGUCAGGUUUGUUUUUCGCUUCUACUGCUUUGCUGGUCAAAUACAUGUUCAACAUUCCCACUCCGCAACUGGUGCUUAUCCGCUUUAUCGGAAUUUUUCUCUUUUCAUUACCGGAAGCUGUUAAAUUCCAAGGCAAUGUUUUCGGACAAAAACAUGAAAGACUUACAAUUUUUGUCCGAUGCAUUUUGGGAGCAACCCAUAUUUUUCUCAGUUACACGUCAUUCCGUUUUCUACCUCUUGGAGAAGCCUCAGUCAUCAUUUUAAGUUAUCCUGCAUUCGUAGCUUUAUUUGCUAAACUACUUCUGAAAGAACCUUGCGGAAUCUCUCAAGGUUUGAUACUUAUCCUCACCAUCGUCGGAAUAUGCUUCGUUGUAAAACUCCUCGCCAUUUUCGAAGGAAAAACGAUUGCUUAUUCCAAAGAAACUACUUACGGCCUCCUCGCCGGUGUUGGGUCAGUGCUUUUAAAUACGUUUCAAAUAAUAUUUAUUCGAAAGUUGAAGGACGUUCCUCAUGCUGUUAUGAUGUUCAAUUUAGGGUGGAUAGGAGUCCUAGAAGCAGUUAUUGUAAUAGCAAUUACCGGAACAAUCAAAUGGCAUGACUGUGGAAUACAGGGAUUUCUAAUUAUCCUCUUAGCUGUGUUUAACUAUGCGAGCCAAAUCUUACUAAUUCUAGCCUUGCAAGGUGAGUUUGCUGCUCCAGUAACUAUUAUGAGAGCGAGUAUGGAUAUAAUGUUAUCGUUCUUCUUUCAGACUUUUAUAUUUAAGGAUAUCCCAGAUAAAUAUAGCAUCAUCGGUUCAACAAUUAUUGGAAUUUCCUUUGUUUUGAGUGGAAUUAAAAAAUGGAUUUCUAGAUAAUCGUUUGACUACCUAAGAAAUUAGCUUAUUGCCUCCUAGCUGGUAUUGAGUCGAUAACUUUAAAUGCGAGUCAAAUAAUUAUUAUUCGAAGGUUGAAGGUCGUUCAUCAUGUAUUUAUGGUGUUCAAUUUUGGAUUCUGUUAUCCUAAAAACAGUUAUUAUAAUAGAAGUUAGCGGAUGUAUAAUGGCAUGACUGUAGAAUACAGGGAUUUUUAAUUAUGCGCUUAGCUGUCAUUAACUAUGGAAACCAAAUCUUAAUGACUCAAGCUUUGCAAGGUGAAUUAGCAGCUCUAGUGACUAUUAUGAGACCAUUAUGUGGCUAUGAUGUUAUCGUUCGUCUUCCAGAUAUUUUUCAGAAUAUUCACCUAUAAGGUUGUCAUCUAUAUGAUAAGUUUAAUUCAUUGUCGGGCAAUACGAAUAUAAAAGCGAAACGUGGAAAUAUUAAAAAAUAAUGUAUUGUAAUUGAAUGUUUUAAGUAAGUAUAUAGUAUUUUUGACUCAAAUAAGUCAAAACUUGAUUGGCAUAAAUUCCCAAAUUCGGUUUUAAAGUCAAUAAAAUCACAUCAUUUCAAUAGUUAACAUAGUUAGUAUAUUCAUCAAAAUGCAUUCUUUGAUAUAAAAUCUUCAAAAAUGUCAGAUUUUACAGCGUUUUUAAGAUUUUGCUUUGUUCUGGUGUUGAUAAAUUUUGUAAUAAAAAAUUUGACCACUUUUC